AUGCCGCCAAUUUGGAACAUAGCCAUUCAGUUAUUUGAGGUAAUAGAAUUCAAUUUAAUUCCUUCAAAUUUAUUUUAUCCAACAGAUGAAGCAUUGAGUGUGGUCGUUGAUUUGCCUGUCAAAAUUGAGGUUAUUGAGAAAAGAAACAUUGAUAUAGAAUGUAAGGUGAACCAGCUAACGAGUAAACCUGUCUGGCGGCACAAAGGGAAACUUCUACAAUCAUCUGGUAAACAUUUUAUUCUAGCAAAGGGAACUACACAUAAAUUGAUGAUCACGAAUGUAACAUUAGACGACGAGGGUGAAUAUACAGUUGACUUUGGGAAUGUCUCAUCUAAAACAACAGUUCAAAUACAAGGGGAAACAAACCAUAUUCAUAGAAAACAGAUAACACAAGAAUUGUACAGAAAUUGGGUGAGAGGAGCUCUAGCGUUAAAAUAUUUGAAAAUAGGUUUAGAGGGUUUUUCCGACAAGGUUGUUACCAAACAGCAUAAUGAUCUAAUGAAAACACUUGGAAAACCCUGUAACACUUGUACAGAGAGAAGUCUUCUCCCACAUAAACAAGAUCAAUGCCCAAGAAAAGGAAAACAUCAAUGUUUAUGUGUUAACAUUCAGAAAAGAAAGUCAAGACAAAUGUGUCCAAAUGGGGGAUUCUGUGGCAUCGUUUAUACAGAAAUAGUUUGUAAACAUCGCCUUCAAGAUCCAUCAUUCACAAACACAGAUGUCCAGAAAUGGAGCAAUGAUCCAUGGAGUGUUGCUACAUGCUUUAUAAAUACUACCGGCUACAAAGGCAAGCAAUCAGCUAAAGAUGUCGACUGCUCUGGUUUACUUAGUAUGUGUAUAAACAACAUUGAAAUAGAAAUGAUGCUUGGGGAAGUUAUCAUCGAUGGGAAAAUAGAUGCGUUUGCACAGGCACGGGAAGCGCGGAAUGAUAUUCUUCACAGUCCAAACUAUGAACUAUCUGAAAAUCAACUAAACAAGUUUAUCAAAAUGUUCAAAGAAGUACUAGAAAUCAAGGACAAACAUGGCAAUACACCACUGAAAGGGGAGCCAGGCGUUGCAAAUGCCUUACAUUUACUAGAUAUGGUAACUAUCCUAUAAGAGUAAUUAUAAAGACAAAA